AUGCCUCAUCGCCGUAGCACGAAGCGGGCGCACUCAGAGCCCCCUGUGGACGAGGAAUCUACCAAGAAGCGCAAACCGAUCAAUGGUAAAAGGGGGGGUUCUCCUUCUCCUUCCUCUUCCCCUGACUUCUCAUCAGACGAAGGUGAAAGUCAUUUGCCCCUCGCCCCAGAGAACUCCGACUAUGUUGACUACAGCCUGAUGGCUCAAGGGGGCCAGCAUGAAGGGUCUUCCCGUCCUCCGAGACAACAUCGAUGGAAACACAAUGGGAACGAGCCCAUUACCAAUCCAGCGCUUGUUCCAGAAGGCUGGAACGCCGACGAGCUAGAUCUCGACAUCAACGACAUCGAUAGUCAAAUUAAGAGAUGUAUGGAGAGGAUCAGCGAUGGAAUUUUGCCUGACUUCUUCAAGUUCAGACUGUCACAGUAUGAGAGAAGAAGGGCUGCUCGCGAUGAAAUGAUCCAUUCUGAACCAGCCGGACUCAGCUGGGACAUUGUUCGACGCCUGAAUCAUUUGAAAGAUAUCGAGACCCAUCUCAAUACGGAUGGGGACCCAGAUAAUCAGCUUCCCAAUGUCAAAGCUCUCAUCAAAGCUUACAGGGAAGGAAAAUUGGGGUGGUCGAGAGGAUGGGUCAGCUACUGGUCGAAUGGCGUGCAGCUCAAUGAGCCCCAGAAGUUCGACGCGGAAUUUCAUAAGAACCUGGCUGAGCAGUACGAUACCACUAAAGCGUGGUGGGUAGAAGGUCUCCAACCUCCGGGUCGUAUCAGUUUAGGGGGGUUUCACUCGUUUCCGCCGCAUAACCCCCUUCACACGGUUGAGUUCCCGGUGGAUAUAUCGGUUGAUAGUCAACUUCCUGGCGUUUCUGGCAUCAACCUAUAUGUGUGUCAUGAUACUGGCGCCGAUAUAAUGGCGAUACCUCAAUGCAAUAUAGACCAGCUGGAGGCGAUAGGUGUCCCCGUUUACGUUCAGGGCUAUACUAUCAUGGAUAUCCCUGGCGGCACGUCAUGUCACAAGGUUGUGGAGGUUGAUGUCCGUCUGACUGACCGCCGCGGUGGGCCUUUGUCCCAUUGGAUGAGAGUACAGGCCUGUGUUAUCCAGUCUGUACUGGGGCCUCAAUUCGGAAUGCCUCUUUCGGGGCCUUUCCUGCGAUUUGCGCUCUACACUGCAACAUGCCCAGACGGGCAGGGAAAUCUCUAUGUUUGUGAUAACAAGAGAGAUCUAAGGCUGCUGCCGGCUCUGCCAAUUGGCUUUGUGCCAAUGCCACCGCCAUAUCUGGUUUCCGCUCCUGCAGCUCCAGGGGGUGGACCACCAGCUCAUUUUGUACUAGAGCAGCUAAAAGCCGCAAAUCUACCACCAGUCCAAGGACCCACGCUCCCGCUGCCACCGAAGGCACCAGCGAAGAGAGGGAAAAAGAAGAAGGGUAAGGGAGUGGGCCCUUAG